AUGGCAAUGAAUUUUGUGACUUUCAAUCAGGACUAUAGCUAUCUAGCCGUUGGUACCUCCAAGGGCUUUCGCAUAUUUUCCACAGACCCGUUCGUGAAAAGCUAUGAGACGAAAGAAGGCAACAUUGCCAUGCUAGAAAUGCUUUUCUCCACAUCACUUGUCGCCCUUAUACUAUCUCCACGACGACUCCAGAUUACAAACACAAAGAGACAAUCGAUUAUCUGCGAACUUACCUUUCCUACAACCGUUCUCGCCGUUCGACUAAAUCGCAAACGACUGGUCAUUGUUCUGGAAGAUCAAAUCUAUGUCUACGACAUCCAGACAAUGAAACUGCUGUACACUAUCGAAACAUCACCUAACCCAAGCGCAAUUUGUGCCCUAUCUCCUUCGUCCGAGAACUGCUACCUCGCCUAUCCUCUUCCUCAAAAGGCUCCGCCGCCAUCAUUCACUGCUCCAACCCAUACUCCGCCAGUAAAUUCGCACAUCGCUCCCACAAGUGGAGAGGUACUAAUAUUUGAUGCCCAAAAACUUGAAGCCAUCAACGUUAUAGAAGCGCAUAGAUCGCCAUUAUCGUGUGUUGCGUUAAAUAAUGAUGGCACCCUGCUCGCUACAGCAUCCGACAAAGGAACCAUUCUUCGCGUCUUCUCCGUUCCCGAUGGCCACAAACUAUACCAAUUUCGCCGAGGUUCCAUGCCAUCUAGAAUAUAUAGCAUGUCAUUUAACAUCACAUCUACUCUACUAUGCGUCUCGUCUGCUACCGAGACAGUCCAUAUUUUCAAACUUGGUCACCAAGGGACGACUGUCGCAAGCCCCGGCUCCCCCACCAGCGUGAAUAGCCAGGUGUCGGCGAAUCGUCCGUACGAAAAACCUGGAAACAACGGACCGGACAUGGACGGGUUCUUGGGGCGCAAACACGACGGCACAUUCAUGGGCUUGAUACGACGGACAUCGCAAACAGUCGGAACAUCAGUUGCGGCAACUGUAGGCGGAUACUUGCCCAAAGGUGUAACAGAGAUGUGGGAGCCCGCUCGCGACUUUGCCUGGAUCAAACUUCCAAAACAUGCUGCAGGUUCUCAGCAACCACGGCCUGGUCCCGUACGGAGUGUUGUCGCGAUGAGUAGCAAUACACCGCAAGUGAUGGUGGUGACUAGCGACGGGGUUUUCUACGUUUUCAAUAUUGAUUUGUCCAAGGGAGGAGAGGGUACCUUGAUUAAACAACAUUCGUAA